AUGGCGUUCCAACCCAACGACUACCUUACCGGUCUCAACCUAGACUUUGACCAGGACUUCACCUCGAUGCUGCCUCCGGGUUUGCAGCAGCAGGACUUCGACCUUUUUGGUCUGGCCGGGGGUGACUUUUUGUCGCUCGAGGCCGCUCCCAACCAUGAGGUCGCCCCCGUCAAGCCGGUGGUGCAACUGUCGCCGCUGCCGCUGGCGCUGCUGCUGCUAGCCAACGCGGUGGUGUCGGAGGACAAGCGCAAGCGCAACACCGCGGCCCUGGCCCGCUUCCGCAUCAAGAAGAAGAUGAAGGAACAGGAGAUGGAACGCCGCUCCAAGGAACUCGAGGAGAAGGUGGCGGCGUUGGAGAAGAAGUUGAAGCAGCUUGAGAUGGAAAACAAGUGUCUCAAGACGAUGAUCACUCAGCGCAAUGACAAGAAGAACGACGACUUGCUCGACGAGAUCAAGCGGAGACUGAUCUUGGACCUGAAGCCGAUGUUUACCUACACCAGUUAG